AUGGACGCCGCCGUGUUCAUUCUGUCACUGAUCGACUGUUGUGCACUGAUUUUCCUGGCGGUCUAUUUUAUUAUUACCUUGUCGGAUUUGGAAUGUGACUACAUCAACGCCAGAGCAUGUUGCUCCAAACUCAACAAAUGGGUGAUACCAGAGAUAGUGGGACAGUGCUUGUCCACCAUGCUGAUGUUGAUCUCCACUCACUGGUUCAUCUUCCUCCUCAAUCUCCCUGUAGCAGCCUGGGACAUUUACAGAUACGUGAAGGUCCCGAUGGGCAACAUGGGCGUGUUUGACCCCACAGAAAUCCACAAUCGAGGGCAGCUCAAGUCCCACAUGAAGGAGGCCAUGAUCAAACUCGGCUACCACCUGCUUUGCUUCUUCAUCUAUUUGUACAGCAUGAUUCUGGCUCUGAUUAAUGACUGA